UCGCUGGCUGUGCUUGCGGAUCCUUCUGGGUUUGGUUUCCAAGGAUGCCGGCGACCUAGGUACAGCGAGACGCUCGCCAAUUGAAGAAAAAAAAAUCCUGAAAACAUUGCCAGCGUAGUUAAGGGCAGACAACACAACAAUAAAGGAUAAUUGAGGCAGCGCCCAGUUUUUAAUUUUAUUUCAUUUCCCGGAUUAAUGCUUUUGUAGGAAGUGUUGGACGUUUGCCUACGGCUUGCUAAAUCAGAGAAGUCGCAGUCUCUGCCUUGUAGCUCACAGAUAGUGACAGAUGAGUAUACAACGCUGUGUGGUCAGCGCGGCGACGGGGGAAAUAGAGGUGCUGCGGAAUGUCAGAGAAGGGGAACCCUUACAGGGCCGUGGCCGUCAUUGGGGUGUCGAGAACGGCUUCCCGAAGGGUCAGUGGGAGCAAGCGAGGUGCAGGAGAGGGGCUCUCACUAAGGGAGCAAAACGUGCAAGUCUUUGAGGCUGAGCCCCUGAAAAACUUAGUAGUAGUAGGGCUGGAGCUCCUAGGUAAGGGGCUGGUGGCAAGAGAGAAUCCUAGGAAGGCUGGCAAAGGCGACUUCAGGAGACCUUAGAAGUAGUCUGAGUUGGACUUCGUACUGGAGUCUCUGGGAAGCAACAGAGGAGUUUUAAGAGGACCGUUAGAGAAGAAUGUAAGUAAGAGUAGAGGUGGUUAAGGGUCCAGUGCUUCGUUUCACUUCCCGCCAGUGCCACUGCCUACCUGCAUGACUUUGGGCAAGGCACUUAAACUUCGUUUGGCUGCUCUUGGACUUUGGCAUAUGGAAAUAACUAAUAAUGAAUCGCUGGAUGGGGAUGAAAAGGAGCUAGAGAGCAGCGAGGAGGGUGGCGCCGCCGAGGAGCGGAGACUCGAGCCGCCGCCCAGCAGCCACUACUGUCUCUACAGCUACCGCGGAAGCAGGUUGGCACAGCAGCGAGGGGACAGUGAUGAUGGAAGCCCAAGUGGCACAAGUGCAGAAACUCCCUCUGGUGAGGAUUUCAGCCUCUCCUUGGUGGAUACUAAUCUACCCUCUGAAGUGGAGCCAGAGCUGCGUGGUUUCAUUGCUAAGCGUCUUUCGAAGGGAGCGGUCUUUGAAGGGCUGGGUAAUGUUGCAUCUGUGGAGCUGAGAAUUCCAGGUUACCGGGUCGGUUGUUAUUACUGCCUUUUCCAGCAAGAAAAACUGCUUUCUGAAAUAGCAACAAUGGACUCUGAAAACAGCCCUUCAGAGUAUGUCGUCUGUUUUUUAGGAGGGUCUGAAAAAGGACUUGAGCUUUUCAGGCUUGAAUUGGACAAGUACAUUCAAGGGCUGAAAAAUAACAUGAACGGUGAGGAAAGGGGCCUGGAGAACCACAUAAAGUCCUACCUGAGCAGCUGGUUUGAGGAUGUUGUAUGCCCAAUCCAAAGGGUUGUUCUUCUCUUUCAGGAGAAGCUUACCUUUCUGCUGCAUGCUGCUCUGAGUUAUACUCCUGUUGAGGUUAAAGAAUCUGAUGAAAAAACAAAGAGAGACAUUAACAGAUUUCUGAGCGUGGCCAGUCUUCAAGGCCUUAUUCAUGAAGGUACCAUGACAUCUUUGUGCAUGGCCAUGACGGAGGAGCAGCACAAGUCUGUGAUCAUCGACUGCAGUGGCCCCCAGCCUCAGUUCUACAAUGCAGGAAGCAACCGGUUUUGUGAGGCCUGGAUGCAGGCGUUUUUGAAUGGUGCUGAAGGGGGUAACCCUUUUCUUUUUCGACAAGUAUUGGAGAACUUUAAACUAAAGGCCAUACAAGACACAAAUAAUUUGAAGAGAUUUAUCCGACAGGCAGAAAUGAAUCAUUAUGCUUUGUUUAAAUGUUACAUGUUCCUAAAGAACUGUGGUAGUGGAGACAUCCUUUUGAAGAUUGUUAAAGUGGAACAUGAAGAAAUGCCCGAAGCCAAAAAUGUGGUAGCUGUCCUCGAAGAAUUUAUGAAAGAAACUCUCGCCCAAAGUUUUUGAUCACAUGUUUUGAGAGGAUUCUAUUGUGAUGUUGUAUAUUCAAACCUUGGUGUUUGAAACUGCAGUUAUUAUUGUCAUAGGAUUGCUCUUUAAGAUGAUUUGAAACACAUUCUAGAUUUUUUCAUUUUGUACUUUUAAGAUUUAACUUAGACAUAAAAAUCUGAGGAAUGUCUUCACUGAGUCCUAGAUACACACGUGUUAGAGUUGUGGAAUUUUAGUACGUUGCUGGUCCCAUAGAUUCUAGACUUCAGGGAGUUGUUGCUUAAAAAACUUCAGAGGUAAUUUUGUGGCUUCUCUCAGGAGUUUGCUGCAGUAUUUAGCAACUUUUCCUCCCAGAAAAAUCAGAAUACUUCUUUUUCAAUGUACUAUAGCUUCUUUAAAAAAAUGUACUUCUAGUCUUAGCACCAUGACGCUAUUUCAAAGACAGAUCUGUGCAUCCUGUGGGUGCUUGAUAGAUUUUUCUGUCUGAUUGAUGAUGGCAUGGAUGAUGAAGCUGGCUUUUAAGUCAAUAUGCAAAUAAAUCAUGAGUGUGUAAGAAAUUAAAUGAGCUUUAAAAAUAGAUGCACUGGCUUCAAGAUAAAACACCAUCUCUGAUGGAAAGCUACUGCACAAGCAGCCUCCAUCACUUCUCUUCAUUCCUGUGUUCACGGGUCUUUGCCAAGAGCCUGUGUUUUCUUUUCUCUUUUAUAUGAAAUGCUGGAGUUUUUAAACAGAGUUAAAAAAAAUAACAUAAAUUUUACAAGCAAACUGUAACAUAAAGAAUGCAAACAGAGAUUCUUCAUGUUAGAGUUACUCAUUGAUUUUACUUUUUUGUAAUUUGUUACAAGCCUCAUAUUGUUUUACUCUGAAUCAAUUGAAAGUGCCCUCACCUAGAGCCAUUUGUAAUUCCCAUGGAAGCCAGUUGUAGCCACACACAGGACUGCAGUUGGUUCUGCAUAGCUCUUUAAUAAAUCCAUUUGAUAAUGAUUUCUGUUUAGAAUAUCAGAAGUCUUGUGUUCUCACUGCCCUCAGGAUGCUCAGAGGAACACAACCCAUAAAAAUCCUCUCCUAAACUCAUCUAAAUUCACAUUAAGUGCUGAGUUUUACCUUUCAAAAUGACUGACAAGGGCCUCCUGCUUUCUCUUCUACAGAAGUCUGGGGACGUGACUCACUAAGGCAUUUUUUCUUUUAAUGAGAAAUACAAUUCAGGAUCUUCAUAAAGGCUUUCAUGUGGUUUUAAACUUUAAUAACUUGGAUCAUAGGCAAUGUAGAAAAAAUAUCCAAGUUGCAUUUUUUUUAUAGCAUUACAUUCAGAAUGAUAUGGGAAAUAAGCAAUUUUAUGGCACUACCCUUGAAUCCAACUUUAUCUAAUGUACUUGGUUGCCCACUUGGAAAUAAAUUUUUUAAUAAACAACAUUAGGAUAUCAACAUUUUGAGUCUGGAAAACAUAUUUUUCAUCUCCAAAUUCACAUGUCAUUCAAGAGCCCAUUUUGUAAAUGGCACUUAAAAGCAAAUGUAAUACCUUCCUUAAGUCACUUAUGGAUAUAGACAAGGUAUAAUUAUAUAUUCUUUAUAUGUACUUUUAUAUAUAUUUUUUGUAAUGUAGGCUCACUACAUUACAUGGCUAUAUACAAUACAGUCAUAUUUUAAAAGUCUGUGACAAACUGUCUAUCUCUGUAGACAAGGAAAAUGGUGACAUGGAAUUGAAUAUCUUGUUGGCCAUGAGAAGGAACUCAGAGCCUCAUGACCAUAAUAAACAUGUACUGUAUUCAAAUUUUAAUAAGCUAAUGUAUUAACUUUUAAAGUUUUAUAAAGGAUUUGUUCAGGUGUAGAAUACAUUUAUGUAUUAUUUCUGUGCUAUACACACAGAGGAAAUGUAUGUUUGUCAUGUAUCAAAAUGGUCUCAGUGUAUCUGUAAUUAUAUUUGUAAUAGUAAUAAUAAAACAACUUUGCUUCUCACCAA